GCGACAUUUGGAGCAGAGGAGGAAACUGCUCGCUGUCAGAUACGGGGGAGUCCGGUGUUCCCCCUUCUGUCUGAAGAAGGAGAUUUCACCAUCGGUGGAGCCUUUUCCAUCCACAGCAAAAUCACACAACAGCCACUUUCAUUCACAGACACCCCAGCACCUCUCACAUGCUCCAGUGUGAACCUGAGAGAAUUUCGAUUUGCCCAGACCAUGAUCUUUGCCAUUGAGGAGAUCAACAGAAGCGACUUUCUUCUCCCCAAUGUUUCUAUCGGCUACCGUAUUUAUGACAACUGUGGCUCAACAUUAUCAUCUGUGCAUACAUCAAUGGCUCUGAUGAAUGGUGAUGAGAGGACUGUGGGGAAGACCUGCUCUGGUCAGUCAGCCAUUCACGCCAUUAUCGGGGAGUCUGAAUCCUCUUCAACCAUAGUACUGGCACGUACUACUGGGCCGUUCAAAAUACCAGUGAUCAGUCAUUCAGCUACUUGUGAGUGUCUGAGCAGCAGAAAGCAAUUUCCCUCAUUUUUCCGCACCAUUGCUAGUGACCUCUACCAGAGCCGAGCUCUAGCCCAGCUGGUCAAGCACUUUGGCUGGAAUUGGGUGGGGGCAAUCAACAGUGACAGCGACUACGGCAACAAUGGAAUGGCCAUCUUCCUUGCUGCAGCCCAGGAGGAAGGAGUGUGUGUGGAGUACACAGAGAAAUUCCACAGGACAGAACCAGAAAAACUGUUGAAAGUGGUAGAGGUGAUUCGUAAGAGCACAGCCCGUGUCAUUGUGGGUUUCCUGGCACAUGUGGAGAUGAAUAACCUGCUGGAGCAGCUGAGCCUCCACAACAUCACAGGCCUGCAGUUCAUUGGCGUGGAGGCCUGGAUCACUGCUGACAGCCUAGUGACGCCCACCAGCUUCAGCGUGCUGGGAGGCUCUCUGGGUUUUGCUGUACAAAAAGCCAAUAUCAGUGGCUUUACUGCGUUUGUGAUCAAAGAGUUCUGGGAGAAAGCAUUUCAGUGCACGGAGGCAAAUGUAGACAGUGUGACAGGAACGACACCCUGCAAAGAAAUCAUGGAUCUAAUUGAGCUAAAAGAUUAUAAUGAUGAUGUGGCUGAGUUGAGGUACUCCAGCAAUAUCUACAAAGCUAUUUAUGCUGUGGCCCAUUCUCUGCACCGCAUACUAAAGUGCUCAGAGUAUCUGGGCUGUGAUAAGACUGUCAAAGUUUCUCCAUGGCAGGUAGUGGAGUCUUUAAAGUGGGUUAACUUUACCAUUAAGAAUGGGGACCAGGUGUGGUUUGACAGUACUGGAGCGACAGUGGCCCGUUAUGAGGUGGUGAACUGGCAGCGUGGAUCAGAUGGCUCAGUCAGGUUUAAACCCGUGGGCUACUAUGAUGCCUCCCUGCCCCCUGGACAGAGGUUUGUCCUCAGGACCGAAGACAUAAGAUGGCCCGGAGGAAACACAGAGUUGCCUGUCUCAGUUUGCAGCGAGAGCUGUCCUCCAGGAACUCAUAAGGCCCUUCAGAAAGGAAAGCCUGUAUGCUGCUAUGACUGCAUACCAUGUGCAGACGGAGAAAUCAGCAACACCACAGAUUCUAAUGGCUGCACAAAGUGUCGUGAAGAAUACUGGUCGAAUCAAAAGAGAGAUACAUGUGUACUGAAAAAUGUUGAGUUCCUGUCCUAUUCUGAGGUUAUGGGCAAAGUGCUGGUAUUUUUUUCUUUGUUUGGGGUACUCCUAACUUUAAUUGUGUCCACCCUAUUCUUGAUCAAUAAGGACACCCCUUUAGUCAAGGCCAACAACUCUGAGCUGAGCUUCCUGCUGCUCUUCUCCUUGACUCUGUGUUUCCUGUGCUCUCUGACCUUCAUUGGCCGGCCCUCCGACUGGUCCUGUAUGCUGCGCCACACAGCAUUUGGCAUCACCUUUGUCCUCUGCAUCUCAUGUGUUCUGGGGAAAACUAUCGUGGUGUUGAUGGCCUUCAGGGCUACACUGCCAGGCAGUAAUGUCAUGAAAUGGUUUGGGCCUGCACAGCAAAGACUCAGUGUGCUGGCCUUCACACUCAUACAAGUUGUCAUUUGUAUCCUCUGGUUAACAGUCAACCCACCCUUUCCCUUCAAGAAUAUGGAGUACUAUAAGGAAAAGAUUAUUUUAGAGUGUGCCUUAGGAUCCCCAAUCUGGUUCUGGGCUGUGUUAGGGUACAUAGGACUCCUGGCUAUGUUAUGUUUCAUUCUAGCUUUUCUAGCUCGGAAGUUACCUGAUAAUUUCAAUGAAGCCAAACUCAUCACCUUCAGCAUGCUGAUUUUCUGUGCUGUCUGGAUCACCUUUAUCCCGGCUUAUGUCAGCUCUCCAGGGAAGUUCACUGUUGCCGUGGAGAUAUUUGCAAUUCUAGCAUCCAGUUAUGGGUUACUUUUCUGCAUAUUUGUACCAAAAUGUUUCAUCAUUGUACUGAAACCUGAACUCAACACAAAGAAACAUCUGAUGGGAAAAACACAUUCCAGGUCUCGCUAG